GGCUCCUGUUGCUGGUAAGAAAAAAAACUGGUAAAAGGUUAGCCAGCUAAAUACAGCUAAUUUAUUCAUUGAUUCGCGUCUCUCAAGAGGAGCGGAACUCUUCAAGCCCUUGCUGUGGUUUGGAGGACAUGGGCCACUGACCGCCAGGAAACACACACUAUCUUACACACAAUCAUGAAGAGAUGGCGAGAGGAUGAAGGGCAUACUUGGAAGCUGAAGAUAGACCAGAGGAUGGAGAGAGCAGCAAUUGAGAGAGAGAAAUCAGACAGAGGGGGGUAGAGCGAGAGAGGAGGAUGGAGAGGAACAGAGGUCUUUCUGUCAGUGGAGUUCCGCUCCCUUGUCACUCAGCAAACGGAAGCUCCCCACAGUGUGCUAAAACGACAGAUAAGUCACACACACACUAGGCCCUUUGUGCCACUCUGCACAGAGCUGUGUGUUGUUGUUUUUCAGGCUGUAAGGUUUUUGAAAUGGGUGAACACACUCACCUGCUGUUUAGAUUCACACCAGAUUACAGAUUGCACACACUCCUAUCUGUCUCGCUCCGUUGCCCCUCUUGUUAAUUCUUUCUCUCUCGGAUCACAUCUUUGGCCGUGGUCCCAGCUCAGCAUUUCUCAGGAGUGUCACAGUGACGGUGUGAUAAUUACGUUGCCUGGGUGUUGUUUGGAGCCUUUUAUGGUAACGGGCUUUUACUAGUUGUCUGAGAAAACACAGCAACAGAAUGAUGCUCUGCUCCCAGCUGCCACUUUGUGUCAUAUGGUUGUAGUGAAACUAAAAUGUGUGUGACGGACUGAUUUUAAAGUCAGCCUGUGAAAUCUCUUUCUGUCUUCGGGUUUCCUCUCUCACUGUCAUACCCUUCAUUUACAGGCUUCGUUUUCCUACUCAUGGAGAGAAAUGAGUAGGCUAGUUGUCUGUCUCUUGUGUGUGUUCGUUCAUAUGCUACGUAGGCUAGUAGCCCCACUACGCCAUGCUGAAGCCAGGGGGUCAGAGUAUUAAGUCUGCCCCACACAGGGCUCUCUACACGUGGUAGAACACCAGACACUGUCAGCACAUCCCAGUGCCCUUGGAAAGACUGGACAGACAGACAGGACCUAAGGAAAGACCCAGCUAGGCCCCUGAGGACUGUGGGUACCGAGGGCAGCAGCCAUGUCCGGCUCCUACGAUGACUCCAUGGUCGACGUCUCCAGUGACAGCUUCUGGGAGGUGGGGAACUACAAGCGGGCAGUGAGGCGGGUGGACGAUGGCAGUCGCCUGUGUAACGACCUGAUGAACUGUCUCCAUGAGCGGGCGCGCAUCGAGAAGUCCUACGCACAGCAGCUCACAGAGUGGUCCAAACGUUGGAGACAGCUUAUAGAGAAGGGCCCUCAGUACGGGACCCUGGAGCGGGCGUGGGGUGCCCUGUGCACAGAGGCGGAGAAGGUGAGCGAGCUCCACAUGGAGGUGAAGGCGGUGCUGAUGGGGGAGGACUUUGAGAAGCUCAAGGUGUGGCAGAGGGACUACUACCACAAACAGAUGAUCGGAGGCUUCAAGGAGACCAAGGAGGCUGACGACGGCUUCCGCAAAGCCCAGAAACCCUGGGCCAAGAAACUGAAAGAGAUGGAGACGAUGAAGAAGGCGUACCACGGGGCCUGUAAGGAAGAGAAGCUGGCCACCAGCCGGGAGAACAACAGCAAGCUGGAGAACAACAGCAACCCUGAGGCCCAGAAGAAAAUGCAGGACAAGGUGGAGAAGUGCCAGCAGGAGAUGGAGAAGACUAAGGAGCGCUAUGAGAAGUCUCUGGAGGAGCUGGACAAGGUGACUCCCCAGUACAUGGAGAACAUGGAGCAGGUGUUUGAGCAAUGGCAGCAGUUUGAGGACAAACGCAUCACCUUCUUCAAAGAACUUCUGCUGGAAGUCAAGCAUCACCUCGACCUCUCCACUAAUCACAAAUUCCAGACAGUCUACCACACGUUGGAGGACACUAUCUCUGCUGCUGACGCUGUGGAGGACCUCAAGUGGUUCCGCUCCAACCACGGUCCUGGCAUGCCCAUGAACUGGCCCCAGUUUGAGAAUGUGGACUGGUCCCGCUCCUCUAGGUCCAGAAGGUCCAUUGUAGACUGGUCCAUAGAUUUGAACCGUACACUGAGUCGGAGAGAGACUAAGAAGAAGCCCUCCGAGGGAGUCACCCUGACGGGCAUCAGCCAAAUGGAAGAGCAGCAGGCAGCCAAGAGCAGCAGCAGCCUGACUGUGCCCACUAGCACAGAGCCGGUGGGUUCGAACCCCUUCGAGGAUGACGACGAUGAGGAUCUCCAGGGGACCGUGAAGGAACAGCCCGCUGUCGUCAACAACAACAACAGCAGCAGUCCGCUCAAUGUCAAAAAAGUGGAGGAAGUGAAAACCGCCAGUAGUGUGGAGAAGUCGCAAGAGUGGUCGGAUGAGGAGACUGGGGUGAACCCGUUUUCCAUUGAGGAUGCCAACGGCGAUGGGAACCCGUUUGAGGUGGAGCCGGCGUCCUCGGGGGUGUCUGUGGCCGUGCGUGCCCUCUACGACUACGAAGGACAGGAGCAGGAUGAACUCAGCUUCAAAGCAGGCGAGGAGUUCACCAAGAUAGGAAACGAGGAUGACCAGGGCUGGUGCAGAGGGCGCCUGAAAGACGGCGUGGUGGGCCUCUACCCCGCCAACUACGUAGAAGACAUCCAAUAAUGACCGAGCGAGGGAUGAGGAGGAAAACGAGAGAGAGGAUGGGGUGAAGAGGAAAAAGGAAGUGGAGGAGAUGGGGCAGGAGGGUGGGCAUGGUAGGCCUCGCAUUCGCCCCUCUCACCCUCUCCCCCCUACGUGGGAGUGAGUGAGUGAGUGAGUGAGUGAGUGAGUGAGUGAGUGAGUGAGUGAGUGAGUGAGUGAGUGAGUGAGUGAGUGAGUGAGUGAGUGAGUGAAAGGGGUGGCAGAAGGAAGGGGUUUGCCCAUCGAAGAGGAUGAUGUUGUAGCUCUCUCUCUGUUGUAUCUUCCUGGAUCCCAUGUCGUUAAGCACAUCUUCCUACAACUACAGCCUGCCCUCAUUGUCAGCCUUUAUGAUGGGACACCCAGUACAGAGUCUAAAGCCAGCUGCAAAAGCAAAUGUUACUUAAAGCCAUUACUGUUACAGAAGAAAAUAUAUAAAAAGCUAUUUGAAACAUGUUACCUUCCAAUUGUAGCUUGAAGUUAUGAAGACGUUUGAAAGAAUUAACCGAUUUAAAAGAUGUGAACAGACAUGGGAGAAGAUAUACAUGUGUCCCAUUCGCGAGGUCUAGCACAUUUUAGAUUUGAGUUGAAACUGAUUGGAGACCUAAAAGUAAUCUCAGUUGAAUCUUUUAAUUCAUUUUUGCCAUAGACAAUUGGUGAUACAUAUUUUUAGUUCUAUAGAUCUGAUUCUAUUGUAACACCAAUUUGCAGUCCAGGAUCUGAUUUGGUAGUCUUAUGUUGAAAUAAGGGGAAUUCCUAAUUGCAUGUUAUUUCUUGCUCUGUUUUGAGCGUCCUUCACCCCAUCCUUUUGACAGUAAUCAAGGUUUUAUUUUUUUUCCACAUGAAAGCCAUUUGUCUGAAAUAUCAGAACCUACAACCCCGUUUUCUUAUUUGACUUUUCAAAUGUUUUGAGAAAAGGGCUUGGAAUUUAUGGCCGUGCCGGUUCAGAACAAUUAUCUUUAUCUGAUGCUUAUAGUUCAGAUUUGUCUUGUUAUGCCUUUUUUUGUAUUUUAAAUCUGAUUUAUGUUUUGCUCAGCGAAUAGUUGAUGAAUGAGAGAAACCGAGAUGAUGAAUUAUAUCCAGUUCUUCCACCGUCACCAACCAGCCUGGUCUCAGAGCAUUUCAUAUUAUUCUGUAAAUGCUCUGAUACCAUGUUGCGCCAACCCACAUUUUAACAAUAAGUGACGCACUCAGAAGUUCUCCUGUAACCUUUACCCCUCAACUUUAAUUGAUUGUAUAUUCUUUAAUUGUUUCAUUGUAUCGGCUCACCUAUUGAUUGUACACGUUUGCUGGUCAUUCUAGUAUCAGGGACAUUCACCAGGGCACAUAGGACUCUGGCCAAACGUAGCACACUAUGUAGGGCAUAGGGUGCAAUUUGUGACAGCCUCUAUUCACUCAAUUGACUUCACAUUCUGUUGGUUGAUUUUUACAUCAUGUGGGUGUUGUUUUGUCUUUCCACACUGAAUGUUUGGCAAUAAGGUGUGUCACUUGAAGCUAGGACCUUUAGCUGUAGCUUGCACUGGAUGUCCAUUCAAAGCUUUGGGAGAAUAUACUUUUUUUUGUGGCAGCAAAACAAUGUUGCACGUUCAGCAAUAAAAACCACAGCUUUUACUGUUUUUCACAAACUAGAGGGUCCGAUUUAAUAAAAGUAUGUUUGCAUGUAAAUAGCGAGGAACCUAUGAACAAAUUUAAGCAGUUAUAGAUUAGGGAGUUGUGAUUUAAAUUUAUAUUUGGAAAUCAAGGACUGUUAAUUUAUAAGAUGCCUUAAGUGCUUUUGUUCUCUGUCAGAUGAAAUGCUGUGAUUCGGAAACAAAUCCAUUUGUACAAUAAUUGAAUGUUUUCUGGCGAAUGUCUCGUGAAUUUGCUGUCUUGUUGUGUUUGUAAAUAUAAUGUAGUAUCUCCAGAGGAGCCCGAGCCUACUUAUGAUUAGUAAUUGACAAAUAACUGAGUAUUUCUCAUUUUCUUUUAAAAGUUCAUGAUUGACAAACACCACACCCUUAACGCCACCACAUGUGCAUUACCAGUAUUGGCAAACUAUAUCUGUUAUUUAGGACCCAUCCCAAUUCCCAUCUCGAGUAUAGGUUUCUCCUAUUGGGAGUUGACGUUAUGGCUCUUACAUUGUUGUGAGUGCAUUAUUUAGCAAACACAGUUUACGCAUGAUGCUCCUGGAAAUAUCCCCUACAUUUUAUGCCUACAACCGCAUAUCGAGAGGAAGAUUGAUUUGGUUUGAUAUUAGUUUUCUGUCAGUGUGAGAGGUUAUGCUGUGCGUUUCAGGUCAUGAGAUGUAUAUCAUUGGUUUCAGGUCAUGCCAUCAACAGAACACUGCAGCACACUUUACUUGCACAACUCAGUUUGCCAAUGUUAUCCCACAGCAUACAUUAUAAAUGAAUUGAACGAAAA